AUGUUUUGCCUUCGCAGUUGGCUUCCGCUCCUCUUCAUCCCCACGAACGCAUCACCAGCCUUCAUAUUCCUCUUCUUCGUCUGCACCUACUUCCUGAACCGGCCCUGCUUCUACUGCUCCUUCCUCCUGCUCAUACUUUUUCUUACAUCAUGCAACUGGGCCGACCGUUGCUUUUUUGACUUUGGGAACAACUGGUUCCAGUCGCGGCCUGCGGGGAGCUAUGUAUACCUGCCGAUUCCUGGGAAGGGGCCCGAGGCCGCCAACGUCACUGCGACUGGCGGGCUCGACGACACGGUAGCGGGAGUUAUGGUUGACAUGGCGAACACCACUGCCGGAGCUCUGGCUACAGCAGCGGCCGAGCAAAUCGCGCGGACCAAGGUUGAGUGGACAGGGCUUGGUCUGGAAUGGCUGCGGAGUCUCCUCGGCCGGAGAGAAUGGCGGAUCGACUGCUUGGAUCUCUAUAUCCGGUUAUAG